ACGUAACUCGGAUACAUUUCUAACCGGCAUGCAUCUCUCGCUGGGUUCAAGAUGGCGCUCUAGAAACAUCCUAGAGCCUAACCAUGUGCCGUGCUGUGCAGAAUACACGUCUAGUUGCAAGAGAAGAUUUGCUCAAGUUCAACUGCCGGGCGACGUCAUUGGAGAACACCUUGGAGCAAAUCCUCCAUACGUUUUUCUUCAUGCUCGGCCCGCCACUGAUGGAUAAUCUGUUCACCUUCAACAGUCGUUGUUCCAGCCUAUCUAGGUCUGCAGUAGAUGCUAGAGGAAAGACACCACCCUCUUCCUCUUCAGCCAUCAGCAUUUGGGGUACAAUACGUCUGUUCCCCACUAGAGACUGGACCAGUGAAGUCAGAUGGUUGAUCUUCAUGUCCAUUUUCUCUAGUGUUUCCAGAAUUGCCCUUUCUACAGCUGCAACACAGAAGAUUGAUUUGUUACAGUACUCAAGACUGGAUUUUCCUGUCUCCAACAAGAAGUACCUUGUUUUCUGGUUUGCUAAAGAGCCUUACUGGAGCUCAAAAGGGGAGUUGGUGGAUGAGCACUCCAGCCGUUUCCAUGAUGGUCUACCUGAAGGAUGCCCACUGGAGCUGAGAAAGAUGGGAAUGGAUGAGCACUCCAGCUGUCGCUAUGAUGGUCUACCUGAGAGAUUCCCACUGGAGCUGAGAAAGAUGGAGUGGGGUGAGCAACACACCAGCUGUCUCCGUCAUGGUCUGGCUGAGACAUACGCAGUGGAGCUGAGAAAAGUGGAGUAGCUAGCCUAAUACAACUAAUUAUUUACCUUGGAAGCUGGGGAGACUCUCACACCAGGUCUUGUUGGUUUGGAAUGACAUGAGGGUGAGACAUUUUUGGCUAGAUUCUGAAAAGAUGCUGAAAACAAGAAAUGCAGACUCGUACAGGAUUCUUGCUCUAUGUCUGGUCCACCCUUUUUCUGGCUGUGGUGCCUCCAUUGUCCGAACACUCUUCAGCAACCUGUCAAGAUCUUUAUAUGGUGGCCACCAGGAGUAGCCAUCUGCAUACCAGGACUUGGCAGCUGGUCCAG